AUUUUGCUGAGGCGCCGUGCCGACGAUGGACCAUGACGAUGAUCACUUCAAGAAGGCCCAGGAACACAUCACAGAGAACUCCCGGCAGGCUUUAGCUGCGCUAGAACAGUCGGCGAAGGAGAAUAGCAAGUGGCUGGUUGCAUUAUGCUGCAGUAUCUCGCUGGACAUUCGACGGCCAGAGGUCAAUGCCAAGAAAAGACGACUGGACCUCGACAUUCCACAGCGACCACGCCAUGUUACUCCGGCAGUAGAGAAGCGCCAGAAGUCCAUUGAGGAGAAGGUCGUACUUGAUGAGGUGAAAGCACCGCCUCCUGAGUACGACACACGAUCAAAGCAUCGGGCAUCGUCACGGAACCCACCAAGAAAGCGAUCACUCCAAGAACGCGAGGACGACCACAUCGACGACGAAAAGGAAGAAGUGAAUCCGUUUGCGCUGAAAGUAGCCGAGCUGAAGCAGGAGCUGAAAGAUAGGGGGCUCAAGACUACGGGUGUGAAGUCGACUUUGGUAGCCCGACUGCUGGAAGCCAUCGAAAUCGAGAAAUCGGAAGCCAGCGCGGCACGUCAAAAGGCUCACGGACACCCAAGUGAUCAUGUUUCGGUCGAUUUUUCGGACGACAAGAUGCAUGACGAGAUUGUUGGGGACAGCGACGUGAGCACGGUGGACGUGCAUUCUCCCGACGUGGCGAACACGACAGGGCCCGUUCACUCUACAAGAAAGAACCUUCGUUCAAGCGACGUCAUCAAACAAGACGCCGCUGUUGCCUCGUCAGCAACAAGUGAAGAGCCAGUGGUUGUAUUGCACGAAGGAGCCAAGCCGUCCCGACCACUGCGGCGUCCAGGGCCAGCAAGACGCCACGACACCGCAGCGAGAGUGGAUUCAAAGCCUUCCACCGACAAGAAUGCUCGCAAUGACGUGGAAGACCCUCGGAAAAGUCGCAUGGCUCGAUUCAUCAACUUGAACUCGCAUGUUGACGACAGCGGCGACGACGAUAGCAGCGCAAGGAUAGUAGUCAAGCCGGAAUCACCGACUGAUUCAUCCAGCAGAAUGGAAAAUAUCAUUGACCUCGUGUCGCCCCCUCCCCCCAAGAAGCAUCCUUCCAAGGCCUCGUCCAAGCCGAAAGCUAGCAGCUCGCCGAUUUCACGUCCAACGUCAGGAAGAUCCAGCGAUAACGUCCCUGAAGACACAAGUCCAAGGCAGCAACCCUUGGGCCACGCAGUCACGGGCGUUUCAUCACCACCACCGCUGCCGCAUGCCGAUCACGUCGACUCCUCGUCGAAGGUACUUGCCUUGGAAGAAAGUCGUCUACCGAAAGCGGCCGACGCUGCCGACACUUUGGUUGCCCCUCCGCCACUUGACCAAACGAGUCCAAGGUCCCCGGAUUCCCCGCCACCGAAAACUGUAUCCCUCCACGACGUCGCGGCGCCGCCUUCCCAUCCGACGAAGUCUGUCAAGGCGGUGGCGUUGUUCGAUUCGACAGUGUCUCCAUUUCUUGGACGGACACCAAGCGCCACCAACCCCACCAUAUCGACGACCUCAGAGACCCGGCUGCUGCCUACUUUGACGGCGACCCCAUCCAGUGCGCGGCCACCCUUGAUGGAAUCCCCCGCUCUCAAUCGUAUGCAAGACAGCCAACCACCCCUCGGGGCAGGAGAAAGCAGCGGCAGACCUCGGGACGAAGGCGCGUCGUCACCGCACCACCACCUGCGCCCGCACUCGGCCUUGUCGCAUCCCUCACGUCCCCUCUUUGGCGGCGACCUCUCCCCCAUCGUCCCCAACCCGCCAGUGAAACCGGACGACGAAUUGUUCACCACGAGCAGUCUCAACUCGUCCCCCCGAGCCUUUUCCAUGCCAUCGCGCCACCCAAAGAACCACGACGACGAUGACGACAACGAGGGCGUGACCGUGCCCAAGUCGUCGGACCUGCUCAUGUCCACAGCCGCGUCGCUGUUUGCGACUGCGACGUCGCCCAUUGUGAAGGGAUUUGCGUCGUUCAAGUCGGCGUUCGGGCUGUCCAAGGCGGCGGCGUCCGGGGAUGAUGACGAUACGUUCAACUCGACCGACAUGUACGGCCGCAGCACCACCCCCGUGCCAAAAGUCCCCGCGCCAAAGGUGUUUCAGACCAAAGCGACGUUUCAACACUCGAAGCGACAGGGGGGGGCGUCCUCGUCGUCGUUGUACGACCCCCAUCAAGCUAGGAAGAAGAAUGCGGUGACGGCGGUGGACGUUUCCGUGGAGAAAACGUCGACCCUGCCAAAGUCCCCACCUCGAGUAAGCCCCAAAGUAAGGCUGGAGACACCGAUGACCUUGGCCAUCGCCACCACGGAGGACGCCAAGGAGCGGGAGUUUCAAGAAGCCAUCGAGCGCGAGUCCAAACGCCUUCGACUGGCCGCCAAAGAAUCGGCCAAGAAGCGCAUUGAGCAAGAAAUGGACACGCUCAAAGCGACCGCCAAGUUGAGUGCUGCCGCCGUUCCAGUUGGCAUCGCGGCUUCUUCAUCCUCCACGGUCGACACGAGCACGUCCGUCGUCGUCCAUGAGUCCAACCAACUUGAAGACGGGACCAUGUCGCUCCCGUCGGCUGACUCGUCGUCGAGUGAAUCCAGCUCGUCGGGGGUUGCGUCGUCGAGUGGCGUCGCGAAAAAGCCUUCGAACCUCGUCAGCGGGUUGCAUUCCCUCACGUCGCUGGUGGAGAAGGAGUCGACAGCCGCGAAAUCCACCACGCGCGGGGCGGGGCCGAUCGUAGUGACGUCGCUGCGCAUGGCCGAGCGGAAUCGGCUCAUGGAAAAGCAACGGGAGGCUGAAAAGAAGCAGCGGCAACAAGAGUUGUGGAAAAAGUACGAAGACCAGCGCAAAGCAGACGGAGACAAGCGACGAAAAGCGGCGAGUACGAAGGACCAAACGAGUACCGAUAAGAUGGCAAAAGACGCCCGACUCAAGCGGGAGCGAGAAGCCCGUGAAAAGAAGGAGCGGGAAGACGAGUUGGCGAAGAAGAAGCAACAUCGGCUGCAAGAUAUGGAUGCCAAGGACGAAAAAAAAAAGAAACUCCAGGGAAAGGACCACACGGGCAAAGAGCUAGGCAUGCGCCAUCUUCGAGAGAUGGACGGGCUCAAUCGGGACACGCCGUUGCCUCCACCCCCCGCCGUGCCAGCGCCAACUCAUCGGACCGACCCUUUGCCUCCUCCGGUCCCGCAUCAACCGUCGGGGACCGUGGGGGGACUGCAACCAAACACGAAACAAGGCACGCCAUCCAAGAAAGAGCACACGAAUUAUGAAAUGUCCGACGGUCCCGAAAGGUAUCCCCCAUAUAUAUAUAUGUGUGUACUUUGCUUGAAUUCCAUCAAAACAUAUUCGACCCGUGUAGUGACGAAGACAGCGGCAACUCGGACGCGGAGCAGAAGAAGAUUCCCAAGUGGGCCCAACGUGAAGCCCUGGAGCUCGCUUUGGCCCGCCAGUUUGGCCCGGACGGGACGGAUCCGACGCCGUCAGUGUUCCCCGACUUUGUCGACUCGUGCGACUUGGAAGCCAUCUUUCAAUCGUCGGACGCAAACAAGAAGAAACGAUUCAACAAACGUACGAGCUCGGGGAAUUGGCUCGCAGACCGACCGACGAUGCGAGACAAGGUCGCGUACAAGCGCGACAUGGGAUUCAAGUAAUUCGGAGUUCGAUUUUUCCCGAGAAUGGUGGGGUCGGUAGUGAUUGGUUGCCCCAACUGAAUAUUAUUAUUAUCAACAAGCAAUAAUUAGUUAUUGUUGAAUGAUUCGC